CGCAUCACCUGGACGUGAUGCCCACUUACUGUAAACAGCUUUCCGCGAUGUUUGCCAUGUGCAACGGGACGAAGUAUGCGGCGGACAAUGCACCAGUGAGGAACUGCGGUGACAACAACUGGUGCUGCGGAGAAAAAAAGUGCUGUGACCAGCCAUCGAGCAUAUUCCAGCUCGCAGCGACCGCGGGACGAUCGUCGACAACCUCCUCCUCUUCCUCACUCUCUAGCCACACGUCCUCAGCGACCACGACCGCACCGCCCGCAACUUCGUCCCCAGCCCAAGAAACCGCCGCAACGGGUCUCAGCACAGGCGCAAAAGCCGGCAUCGGAGUCGGCGCGGCCGCAGUGGUAAUCCUUUGCAUCCUCGUGGCUGUGCUGCUCAUCCGGUUAAAGAAGCAGAAGCAAGCGGAAUACAACAGCAUGGACAAGACAAACAUAAUGUCCAGCGACGCGCCGAUGGGAGUCCAUGAGCAGAAAUACGGGUUAAACACGCACGAGCGUGAGGUCCCAUUGGGCGAGUUGCUGGUGGAGAAUGGGCUGGUUGAGCUGAGUGAACGACAACAUUUGGUUGCUGAGUUGGAGAGUAGGGAGGUGCCUAGGGAGCUGAGUGCUAGGGGUGGGAAUGUAGAGAAGUAUACAUGACUUCUUGCGGAUCGUAGGGCAUAGGCGUCGGAUUUGAUACUGAAUCAGAAUCCUGAUUGUCAUCUAGACGACAACACGCGUUUAGUUGCGACAUUAAUCGUGCGCUGCCAAUGGAUGUUAACAGCCU